UGGGAGGCAAGAUGGGAAGUCCCAGGUUCGUUGGUAUGGAGCAGGAGGAUGGAAAGAAAAUCAGGUUGACUCACGAGUCUCGACCACCAACCAUCAGCCGAGUCCGGGAGAGAGUCCGGGAUAACCGUGGAUAGGUCGUUCCGAGAGUGAACCGACAUGAUUUGGGACAUUUCAGUCAGUUAGUCAUUCAACUCAGCUUGCUAGUGCACCAUUAGGAGAUAUAUCUGUUUGGGAUAGGGAGGAGUGAUAGUUGGACAAACGUCCUGAUACUGGUAGACUCGGACUUGGUGUCCGACGUGAACGAUAUUUUCUCGUCGAGUGUUUCGGACUCGUUCAUCAUGAGUGACAGUUCCAAGGAAAGCGCUCUCAAUGUGACGGAGAUGGCUUCGAUAUUCAUGGAUUCCAACCAUUAUUUCGGACCAUCAUCCACAAUGCUGUGGGAUCAAACCAAGCAACUGCCCCCAGAUCUCUUGGCGCAAGUUCAACUCACCUAUCAAGAGCACUUCCCCCUAGAGGUCCGCUUGAAUUUGGCCUCAUGGAUUGAGGAAAAGUUCGCGCCCAGCAUCCCUUUCAAUGUGGAGGACAAGGCUCACCAGAAAACGGCUGUCAGCCUUGCUAACCAGCUCAUAUCGCAAUUGGACGGGAAAAUUGCUUCCAUGCCAAAUGACCCGGAGAAAUUUCUGCUCAAGGGAAAGCUGACAGAAAUUGCCGCCAAUCUCAAGGCAACCUAUGCCAAUAACCCCAUUGGCUUGUACAUGGCUGUCCGGCAUUGCCUUGAACAGGAGAUGAUUAUCGUACAAAAGAAUUCGGCCAAUACCUCGGGCGGUGAGGAGACCGCUGACAUUUCCAACCAGAUCCGCCAGCACGUGCUUUUCCUUCAACAGCAAAUUGGGGAAACCUCGGACGAGUACGAUCGGAUUAAGGAGGUGCACGAGGCUUUCACCAUGGAGUAUUGUGAAUUCGAGGAGAAAUCCAAACAACUCGGAACCUACAUCCAAACCCAUGGAGAGCAAUAUCCCAACGUGAAAAGUCUAAAAGCCAGCAAAGAGGCUCUCCAAAAAUCUGUGCAACUAAAGUACUCUUCGUGCACCGAAGACAGGAAAAAGUUGAUCCAUACCUAUUCAGAAAUGUUGGUCCGAUUACAAAGUGUAAUCGUUCAAGUCUUGGAUAACGAGUUGAUCAACUGGAAACGUGAACAGCAAUUAGCUGGAAAUGGACACUCCGUGAACACCGCGACUUUGGAGUUGCUCCAAAACUGGUGUGAUAAUCUUGCAACCGUGGUUUGGACCAUGCGGAAGCAAUUGAAACAAUUGGAAGAGCUGGUUAUCAAGGUCCCAGACCAACAGAACAGUAGCCAAGAUCUCAAGAUUCUCAUCGCGAAAGUGACGGAGCUCCUGAGCAAUCUGGUCACAAGCACGUUUGUCAUUGAAAAACAGCCGCCUCAAGUGAUGAAAACCAACACUCGGUUUACGGCCACUGUUCGCUUACUGGUGGGCGGGGCCUUAAAUGUCCAUAUGGUGGCCCCUACCGUGUCGGUGUCGAUCGUGAGCGAGGCGCAAGCCAAUCAAUUGCUCUCCACCUCUGUGACCGAAACCAAAAGGAAAGAGAAUUUCAGCUCUGGACAGAUCCUGAACGAUUAUGGAGCCAUGGAGUUCAAUAACGCAAAUCGCCAAGUUUCGGUCUUGUUCCGCAAUCUUCAAUUGAAGAAGAUCAAGCGAACGGAGAAAAAGGGCACCGAGUCAGUCAUGGACGAGAAGUUCUCGGUUCUCUUCUGGACCGAGUUCCUCGUGGGCGAACUCAACUUCCAGCUUUGGACCCUCUCUUUGCCAGUGGUCGUUAUUGUCCAUGGGAAUCAAGAAGCUCAGGCCUUGGCCACGGUCACGUGGGACAACGCAUUUGCUGAGUGGGGCCGACGGCCGUUCGUCGUCCCUGACAAGGUGUCUUGGAAGCAAGCGGGCGAAGCCUUGAGCAUGAAAUGGGCUGCGGCGUGUGGGAGUGGCUUGAAAGAAGAGCAUCUGUACUACUUGGCUUGCAAGGCUUUUAGAGAUCCGAAUUUACCCCGCAAACCUGAAGAAUACAAUAGCCGCAUGCUCUCAUGGUCCCAAUUCUGCAAGGAAGUACUCCCCGAUCGAACUUUCACCUUUUGGGAGUGGUUCCAUCGCAUCCUGUCGCUUACUUCCAACCAUAUGCAGAGACUUUGGAAGGAAAACUACGUCUUGGGGUUCAUCAAGAAGCAUGAUGCAGAGAAUCUCCUGAAACAAAAGCAACAAAACGGAUGCUUUCUUUUGAGGUUCUCCGAUUCCGAACUUGGAGGGGUUACCAUCGCUUAUCUUACCACUGACCCUUAUCAACAUACUCCCCAAGUGUCUAUGGUGGCACCUUUCACAACCAAAGACCUUUCCCAAAGGUCCAUGGCCGAUACCAUCUUUGAUUUGGAUGACCUCACGUUCCUUUACCCCGACAUUCCGAAGGACGCUUUCAAGAAAUUCUGUUCCUCAUCCUGCACACCGCAAAACGCUCCCAAUGGAUAUGUUGCUCACAAAUUGGUUACCCAGGUUGCAGGGGGUUCCGGAUCCAUGAGUAAUCCUCCCACUCCAAUAGGAUAUGAUCAAAUCUACAUGGGUGGAUCCCAAUGCGAUGCGCAAGCCAGUCCGGCCCCGUCCCUGACGACCAGCACUUCUGUUGGGGUUGCUUCGCCACUAUCGGCUUCCCAGUCCAUGGAUUUUGAUUCCACGCCCCAAACUCUUGCCCAGUCCAUUGAGCAUAUGCAGCGAUUUCAUCCACUUCAUCCAAAAUCUGGCGCCUUGAACUCUUCCGCCACGAAUCCUCCUGCCAUAGCAACAACGGAUUUAUUUAAUUUUACCUCGGCUGUCUCCCAAUCCAUUCAAUUGGAUAUGAUAACCAAUGCCGAUGCUAACAAACACUGAGACACGACCAACUCGAAAAGUGUACUAACAUUUAACAUUUCGGACUUACAUUUGUACGUAAUCUAUCGUAUCCCCUGA